UCUUACACGCUCCCUCGUCUCCAACACAUUCUUCCCCUGCAGCAAGGCAAACAGACAUACUGAGAGGACAGCCAUGGAGGACCACCACUUGGCGCCUCUCUUCAUCCACGAAGAAGAAGACAAUGAGGACCCGGAGAGACCUGACGUGGAUCCCAGAGAGCAGAGCGACCGCUCGCCUUUUACUUUGGCAAGGUGUUCACCUGCGCUGCUCGGGCCGUACUUGCACCAGAUGGAUGACCUCCUUCAGAGCUGCGAGGAGAUGACGGACAUUUCUUUCUGUUCCCACCUCUCCGGGGAGUUGGAAGCCAGCCAUUGGGAAAGCUCCCCGUAUUUUUCCACCAGCUGCUCAGAAACACAAGUGGACAAGACAGAACCUUCUCAGGGAGGCGCGGAUGUUCCUCACCAGGCGGACUUGCCUCUUACUUUGGCGGGGAACCGGCUGAGCGACACCAUGAUGGAGUACGAGGGGAGGCUGUUGGGGAUGUUGGCCAUGCUGGAGAGCUGCAUGGAAGACUGGGAGGCAAGUCCAGAGGACGUCCACGUGGAGACAAGGCCAGACUAUGUCCAUGUGGAGACAAGUCCAGAGUACGUCCACAUGGAGGAGGUGGAGACACAUCCAGAGUAUGUCCAUGUGGAGAAGUGUGUGGGGGAAGCAGCACCAGGAGGGAACCCAAGCUAUGAUGCUUCCUCAUUGGCCACAACUUGUGGGGAAAAGCAGGUGGAUGAUGCAUGGCCUCUGAAGAUGGACCUUUGUGGGUCUGAAGUGGAGAGCUUUGAGGCUCUCAGGUCUCAAAUGGAGGAGUGCAUCCAGGAGGUGCAGCGCUUGGAGAGCAGGAGAAAAGAAUUACUCUCAGAGGUGCUGCAGCUGAGACGGCAGAAAGGCCCGGAAGAAGAAGAAGAAGAAGAAGAAGAGAAGCGAGAAGCCACGGAGGAUGACGUCGUCCACAAAGUGAUGAGCUUGCUGACCAGGCUGCAAAGCGAGGAGGCGGCCCGCAGAGAGGAGAGGAAGCGGGAGAUCCGGCGUUUGAGGUCGACAAGAGUGGAGGAGGAGCGGCGGGUGUGGAAGGUGGACCUGGAGACGCAGGAGAUGCGCGAGCUGCUGCGGAAGCUGAAGUGGAAGCUGUUUGCUCGGGCCAAGGAGAGUGCACACGCCCAGGCAGCUCUCAGCAAGCAACGCCACGAGGUGGCGCUCCUCAGGAGACAGGAGGAGACCCUGCAGGCUGUGGUCCUCCAGAUGACGGACGAGGGUGUGCAGCUCAAGUUGGCCCACCAGCGACACCUGCUGGACCUCCUGGCUGAGCUGCACCUGCACGCCACCAAGCACACCUCCGCUAUUACGCAGGAGGAGCUGUGCAGGAGACACUCCCAUGGGGACAUCCAGCAGUACCUGCAGGCCAGCCUGGCAGCCCUCCAAAACAGGUACGAGCCCAUGUUGCUGGCCUUGCUGAAGAGGAAGGAGACAACAACACGGUCUUGUGCAAAGUCCAAAGAGCAGGCGCAGGAGCUCAGGGCCCAGUUAAGACCCCUGCAGGAGGAGACCCAAAAGCUGGUGCUCCAGAGAGCGUGCAUGGAGGAGAAAGUCAAACUGACGCAGGUGCAGAGGAAAGAGGAUGCUCAGCACUAUGAGGAGAAUAUCCGUCAUCUGGAGGAGAGCAGCAGGGUCUUCAAGAUGGAGUUGAUGGUGCAGAAGAGAAAGAACAAAGAAGCAGAAGAUAUCAGAGAUGGCCUUUCCAAACAGAUCCUCUUGUACAGGUCUGCUGCUGGAGACCAGCACACCUUUCAACUCACAGAGGAAAUAUGAAAACGUGUCUUUCAAUAGAGGUUAUAAAAUGCACUUUAGAUACAUGCACUGUUGUUGUUCCACGCCUUGUCACUGUUAUUAUUGUCUGCCUACAUAACACAACAAAUCUUAUUUUUUAAUAAAAUGAUGAGUCAAUG